AUACGCACAUAAUCCAAACACACAUUCAUAUACAGACACACAUAGAUUCGCGUCCUUAAUUAAGUGUUUUGUCUUUUGCUCUUUUUGAUGUCACCAGCCUUGACGUUUUCUGAAUAAGCCGGAUGAGCACACAACAGAAACCUGAAAACAAGCAAAUAUAUGCCGGCGAGAGCACUGCGUCGCGUUCUCUAAAUUCAUUAUUAUUCAAGUUCUUUACUGUCUCUUAUUCAUCAUCUUAAAGUCUUCGUCAUUCACAUUUCUUCUUAUUGUUAUUUGCUGUCCUUCUUUCUCUCCCUUAGCCUCACUUUUUCUUUAUUUGUCAUCUUGCAUUUCCAUUUUCUUAUUUUCUUUAUUCAUUAUUCACGCUCCUUCAUUUCCCUAUUCCUACUGUUGUUUUUAGUCACCAGUAUUGCUUUUUUUGUUUUUUUUAGUCCUUCAUUAUAGUUUUCUUUUUGCAUUUAUUCAUCAUUCUUCAUUCCCUUAUUCAUAUUGUUCAUUUAUCUAACAUCCUUCAUUCCUUUAUUCUUAGCGUGUUCAUUCAUCCAUCUUCAUUCCCUUUUCCUUAUUGUUUUUAUUCACUAUUUUUAUAUUCACGAUCCUUCAUUCCUUUAGUGUUAGUUUCUUUAUUCAUCAUCCUUCAUUCCCUUAUUAUUGUUUUGUAGUCACCAUAUCCUUCAGUCAUAAAUUCUUGUUCAUUAUUCACUUUAUUCCUUUAUUUUUAUUGUAUUUUAGUCGCCAUUAUUCAUUCGUUUAUCCUGCUGUGUGUAAGAGAGGCAUUUUACUUCCUCGACCCAGUUUCCCGUAGUGCAUUAUUUUGGUGAACGUUCUGAAUUCAUCCAUUUUUAUUUCGUUUCUAUUUACGCUCCUAAUUUGUCACCGUCCGCAACUUUAUCUCGUCCGUGUUAGCGCCGAAGACUUGUUUUUGUGUGCGGUUCCAUUCUCUGCGACAACCUCCCACAACACGGUCAGUUAAGGGACGCCAUAAAUUCAUCAUUGCCUAUUCCAUCAGCGUUACUAGUGAUUUAUCUUCCUACAUUGCUCUAUCCACGCCUCUCCUCCGUGAUGGCGCUGAGGACUUUAUAUCAGUGUGCGAGGCAAUCCACUUCCCGCAACAAGCUCCCACAAUACAGUGAGUCAGUGGACGUUUAUCGCUCAGUUUCUCGUCUGGGUGAUGUGUUUGUCUGCGUCGCCUUUCUUCCCUCCAAGCCGUCGCCUGGCCGUCAGUUUGUCCGCCGCAGCCUCGUUGGAUCAGCCAGACCAAGAGCCACCCGUCCCUCACACGCGCCUCCCGCCCUCCCUCUCUCCCCCACACACACAAGAUCAUCUCGUACACAUGGUUCUCCGUCAGUGCAGGGAGUCACGGGCCGCGUCUCCUCCUCCUCCUCCCGGCCCGAGCUGGCAACUCCACUGGAACCAAAACACAGGAAGCUCCAAUCUUUCCAGGCAGUGAUGGCUCGGUCGCAGUGCUGAGCGGUCGAGGGGAGAGAGCGGGGUCUGCUAACUCGGCGCAACAAGUCUUGGCCACAGCACUCGAAGCCUCGCUGACGGACGGACUUGCUGACUCGCAGGACUGGAAUGCCGGCCCACAGUGACUCGAGGGACUGCUCUCAAGGCUUCAACUGGGCAUGAAACUGUCUGUCACGCCCCACAUCGGAGUAUUUGUGCAUCCAGUCUCUUAGUUCAUCUCCACACCCGCCUUCUCAUCCCUCUGGACUCUGCGUCUGGGGACUUGGAUAUUUUUACUCCUCUUUGAAUACCAACAAGGUGUGAAUCCCUUUGGGUGUGAGGGCGGUGUGUGUGUGCGUGAGUGUGUAUGUGUGGGUGUGGGUGUCAGGCUCACACUUACUGCUGCUGAGACUGCUGAGUCAAGGAAAACUAACGUGCUGACGAAAAACUUGCCCAGCCCAUCGCCGCCUCCGCCUCCUCCUCCUCUUCCUCCUUCUCCCGAUGGUGGUCUCCUGGACUUGAAGGAAAGGUCGUGAAACUAAGCGACACUGACUCGGCGUUUACGAAUGGACGACACCGGGAGGAAAGUAAGCAGGGCCAGAGUGACUUUGGCGAGUGAUUAAAGAAAGGAAACGGAAAGGAAAAGAGAGUAUGUAACAAAUAAAAAUAGUGUUCUGUCUCAACAACCUUAACAGAGAGAGAAAGGGAAAAAGCAGAAAACGAAAGAGAGAUAAGUGGCGUGAAGAAAAGUGGAAAACAAAAUAAGUAGAAUACUGAAAACAUAAAAAUAAAAUAUGUAUUCUUGUCGUGUGCUGAACUUUUACGCAAACAAACACGCCACAUUGAUCGAGGAAAAAGAAGUGACUGAUAAAACCAAGCAGUAGUGUGUGUGUGUGUGUGUGUGUGUGUGUGUGUGUGUGUGCGUGUGUGUGCGCGUGUGUAAGUGCAGUGUCUCAAGACGAUAAUCGGGCCAUUGUAGUGCCAAACCACCACAGCCAAAAAGUACUAAUGGCCUGAAGGACCCUGAACCCACGACCUCUGCAGGGGAAUCAAGACCUGGAGGCCACGAUGGUGUUCUGACGGCACAGGCGAGAGCGAGACCAGGACACGAGACAUGAUGGAGUGGCGAGAGGCGAGGACCCGAGGCCGUGUGGUGGUAGUGGUGGCGGUGGUAGCUAUGGUGAUGACUGGAGGAGUAGCAAGCGAUUCUCCGCCACCGCACUCCCACUCCUACUCCUCCUACACUACCUCUUCAUCUCCCUCGCUCCUCCACGAUGACUCUGCUCAAAACAACACCAGGAAAACGCCGCCGAAGUGCCACUGGACGUCACCUCAGGUUCUGGAGUGCCAGGUGAAGGCUCUGGACGAGACGCUUGGCUGGCAGGUGGUCAAGGGUCACUGGGAGACUCAUAACCACACGAGGGGUCAAGAGGUGGUUCCCAGGUCGCCGUGGCAUAGCGGAGGUGACCCGAGGCACGCGAGGGAGCUGACGGUGGAGUGUAGCCGCGUCCACGUCUUCCAGUCCCUGCUCACCCCUCGCACUUUCCAGGGCGUGGAGGGCGUGGAGGUGCUGCGGCUGCGUGGCUGCAAGCUGGACUCGCUACUGCCGGGCGCGCUGGAGGGGCUGGCGCGACUGCGGGCGCUGGAGGUGGUGACGCACAACGAGGAGUGGGCGGCCCUGGCCCUGGAGCUGGUGGAGGGCUCGCUGCCGCCCACCAUCGAGCGUGCCGCCCUCGCCCACAACAACAUCUGGACACUGCCGCCGCGCGCCCUCUGUGGCCCCGCCGCCCUCCACCACCUCAACCUCUCUCACAACCGCCUGCAAGACGUCCUUGAACUAGGCUUCUCUGAUCAGCCGCUCGACGCCCACGGCCUCAACGUCUCCAACGCCACCUUCAGCCUGCACGCGAGCUUCCUCACCGCCGACGAGGACGUGGGCGGCGACGGGUGCGGCCACGUGCUGCAGGAGCUGAUUCUCGACUAUAAUGACUUUGUGCGGCUUCACGCGGGCAGCUUCCGCACUCUGGGGGGCCUGCGGGAGCUGCACCUGCGAAAUAAUGAUAUCAGGCUCAUAUCGAGCGAAGCCUUCCGCGGCAUGGCAGCCUUACAAGUUCUUUAUCUUUCCAAUAAUCACAUAAUCGCGCUGCAGAACGGGACCUUUUCCGAGAACAGAGCAUUAGAGCGGAUCCUGCUGAACAAUAACUCUCUGACCGCGCUGAGCCCCGGCGUGUUUCAGGGCCUGCUGGAGCUGCAGGUGCUGAAUCUUUCCGAGAACAACCUUUACCUGGACUCCAGCCACGAGGACCUGCUGCGUGGGCUGCGGCGCCUCGUCAUCCUGGACCUGUCUCACAACGCCCUCACCACCAUCCCGCAGCUCCUCCUCCGUGACCUCACGUCCCUCCAGCGCCUCGACCUCUCCCACAACAGCAUCCAGAGCCUUGAGGAUGACAGCUUCACCUCCCUCUCCAAUCUCUAUGCCCUCGACCUCUCGCAUAACUUCGUCCUCAGCCUCGGGGAGGGCAGCUUGAGGGGUCUUGUGGGCCUCAGCCUCCUCCACCUCAUCAAUAAUUCCUUAAUAGAGCUCCAUCCUCACGCGCUCCGCCACAGCUCUAACCUGAAGGAGGUGUAUCUUGCCGAUAACCACUUGCAGGUUAUCCCGACGGCACUCGAGAAUCUUUCGUUUAUUAAGGUGUUGGACGUGAGCAGGAAUGACAUCGCCAGCUUCCAGCCCUUUCUGUUCGGCGGCCUCAGCAACCUGGACACCCUGAACGUUAGCUACAAUAAAAUGAACGGUAUCUCUGAGGGGGCGCUGGCGGGCCUUGUCUCGCUGGAAGUUUUGGACCUGAGGAAUAAUCAGCUGAGGACGGUGAGUGAGGGUUCGUUCAAGGGCAUGCCGAGAGUAAAGACCCUGACGUUGCAGAUGAACGAACUCAGCGACAUUAACGAAGUGUUCGCAGGCCUGGAGCACCUCCGAACACUUGACUUGUCCCACAACAACAUCAAGAUGUUUGACUACGCCUUCAUUCCCCAGAAGCUGCUGACUCUCGACCUCAGCCAUAACAGGAUCGAGCAGCUUGGAAACUAUUUCAAGGUACACAGCGUCCUCACUCUCGAGGUGCUGGACGCCAGCCACAACGCCAUCAGGAGGCUCAGUGAAGUGUCUCUGCCCAACACCAUCCGCAGAGUCGUGCUGCACCACAACAACAUCAGCCGCGUGCAGCCCAACACCUUCAGAGACAAGGCCAACGUGCGGGACAUUGAUCUGCGGGUAAACGUGAUUCAGAGACUCAAUCCAAAGUCGAUUAGCGUCCGCGGCACCGUCGAUCGCCCCAACAGCGCCCGUGUCCUGCUCGCAGGGAACCCGCUGGUGUGUGACUGUGAGAUGGAGUGGCUGCAUGGCUCCUCCGACACGGCCAUCACCACUCCGGAGCCCACCGAGGUCAUCUUCCUGCAGCCACACAUCGAUGACCUGGUUCACGUCACGUGCACCCUCACGUACUCCCGCAGCGGCCCGUCAGUCCUCACCCGCGUGCUGGACACCUCCCCAGAGAACUACUUGUGUCCCUACGCCACCCACUGCUUCGCUCUCUGCAAAUGUUGUGACUUUAUCGCCUGUGACUGCCAGAUGAAGUGUCCCGAUGCCUGCUCUUGCUUCCACGACGACACGUGGUCCAUGAACCUUGUGGACUGCUCGGGCGGCCGUCUGGAUCGCCUGCCGGAGCGGGUGCCCAUGGACGCCACCGUAGUGCUGCUGGAUGGCAACAACCUGCAGGUGCUUCACGCCCACCACUUUAUCGGCCGCCACAGUAUCCAGCAGCUCUUCCUCAACGGCUCACAGAUCCAAACGUUACAGAACCGCACCUUCCACGGCCUCGCCUCCCUCCGCGUGCUCCACUUGGAGGACAACAUGAUCGUCCACCUCAACGGCUUCGAGUUUUUCGGUCUGCAGCGCCUCAAGGAAUUGUACCUCCAAAAUAACCGACUCUCCUUCGUCAGCAACGCAACCUUCCUUAGCCUCAAGAGCCUGGAAGUCCUGCGGCUGGACAAUAACUUCCUCAUUGACUUCCCGGUGUGGAUUCUUGCCCACAACCACCACCUCACAACAGUCUCGCUGGCCAACAAUCCCUGGAACUGUGACUGCCGUUUCGUCGAGCUGCUGAGGGAGUGGCGGGAGGAGAGGCCUGAGCAGCUGAUGUACCCGGAGGAGGUGUUUUGUUUUUACGGGGAUUCGGGAGUAAUGGGGCCAAACAUUGUGCUGCCCGACUACUCCUGCGUCAAGAGCCAGCAGAGGGUGACACAGUAUCAGUUUGGUCAGAGGCAGCUGCCCUUCCUGGCGGGCGGCCUGUGUGGCGGUGUGGCCCUCGUCAGCGCCCUGGUCGUCGUGGCCAUGCUGGUGGCACGCAGGAAGGCCACCGCUGCCAACAAGCUUGGCAUCAACAGCCCGCCGUCGUACUGCCAGGAGGAGGACGGGAAAGUGUUUGACGCCUACAUAAGUUACAGCACCUUCGACGCUUCCUUCGUGCGUGACAUUAUCGCCACCAAGCUGGAGAAUAACUGUCCGAGCUACAAGUUGUGUCUUCAUUCCCGUGACUUCAGCGAGAACAGCCGCCUCUCAGAGUUCAUCACACAGUCGCUUAACUUCAGCCGGCGGACCAUCAUCGUCCUGUCCAAGAACUACGUGGACCACGAGUGGAAAAACGCCAUCUUCAAGAAAGCCCACGUGGACGGUCUGCGUGACGGGGACAUGAACCUGAUCGCCGUGUACUACGACAAUGUGUCCUACUCGGCCUUCGACGCAGACCUGAAGGCGGUGGUGCGGCGGUGCUGCAAGCUGCGCUGGGGCGACAAGCAUUUCUGGCGGAAGCUGGUGGAGCUGAUGCCGCAGCGCCAGACAUACACGGGCCUGCCGGUCUACAUGUCUGACAACUCAUACAAGUCGGCGACUCUUCCCGCCGUGGUGCCUCCGUCAACCCUUCCACUCCCCUCUUCCUCCUCCGUCCUCACUUCCACCACAGGCCUCACCACGCCCUCUGAAGUCGAUCGGCGAACCUCUUACCUGCCAGAGCCGCCUGCCACCUACAAGGCACCGCCCCCGCCCCGCCCAUGCUGCUCCCCGCCAACCUGUGACUACAUCGUGAUGCAGGGUCGGGACUGCCGCGACCCUCACUGCACGUGCCGCCGCCACUCGCAUGCCGCCUACACCUUCAUCGACGGCGACACCUCCUCGUUGCACACCUACACCUCCCUUGAGCCCUUCACCGGCACCAACUCCCACCACCUGCCCCCUGCGCCCCCGGCACCCCCUACCUCCACCCCCAACCACGUGCCCCGCCCGCCCUCUGCCAGCAGCGACCACUACAGCGCCAUUGACACGCCCCUCAGAAGGACCGUCCGGACUAGCAAACGGAAAAAGAAGCGGCCGCAGAGCCAGACGUACUCGCCGCCCUCCGGUGAAGAGGUGGCCGAGGCUGCCCCGAAGGAGGCGCCGCCGGAGCAGCCGCCUGUCAGCACCUUCCGCCGCACCAAGAGCCUCAGAGUGAACCGCGGCCACGCCGAGAGGCACAGCGACUACUCCACCGACCAUUCUAGCGACCGUUCCAGCGGCAGGUCCUUCGACCAUUCCGUCACCUCUGGGGCCGCGGCGGCAGGCUUUGACCCCCACAGCGCCCUCUACACGGGUCUGGCCGACUCCCCGCCUGACCCAGGCCUCAACGCCGAGGAGUGUUUUGUCUAGUCUAGUCCAUCCCUGAGCGCCGCCGCCGCCGCCGCUGUCAGCAGCAACAGCAGCAAAAGAAGCAGGAGCUGAAGCAGUAGCAGGAGCAGGACCAGUAGCAGCAGCAGCAGCAGCAGCAGCGUGCGGGACGCAAGAGUCGACACGCUGUACCGUCGGGUGACAGCCUCGUAGACGCGUCACUCCCGCCUGCUGCCUUGCCCCUUGAGGUUCCUCCCGCGGCGAGCGUGCCGCCAGUAGGGUGCCUCGCUGACCUUAUAACAGUGUACGAGCCGUCCCGUUGGUUGUAAGUCACCCUUCAUUACCCUCACCCCAGCCAGUGAUGUCACCCGGGCGCCGCCUGCCUGCGCGGGGCGAGGAGGGACGCCCACGGUCCCGGGCCAACGCGGGGCACACUUACUUCUUCCUUUGAACCCCGGGGCCUCCACAGACAUUGCCGGGGGUCGCUGCACCCCUGCCUAGGGUGGCGUGCCGGUGGGCCACCUGUAGCUAUAGACGUGAAGGAAGCAUCGCCUGUGUCCGCCGCGCCGCGCCGCCGCCAGCCUGUGUGGCAGCCUCGCCCCGCCGCCGCCGCCGCCGUCGCCGCCGCCAAGGCCAGCCGAGGAAGGGCCGCGCCCCGCACCUCCGAGUCACCGCCACGUAGUGUUGUAGUCUCGCCGGAGUUGCGUCAGUCGUUUCGAUCCUCAAAAACUACCUCUCGUGGAGUUUCUGAUAACUAACGCAUCUUGAAAUAUUAAGAUACAAAAAUAAUAAAAAAAUAAUAUUUAACCAUACAUACAUACAUACAUACAUAACCCACACGAACCCUGAAUCCUUUUUUCCGAGUAAGCCAAAGAUAAGAGACUAAGAAAUCAAGCCGAGGAGCCGACACCGUAAAGUAGCAGCAAGCACGCCCCGCGGAGGCCGAGCUGACACUGCCGCCUCAGGGCCGCCGCCGAGACCCGGAUGCGAGUGCUGAGUGUCGCCGUGACGGACUGGCGGACGAGAAUUAUGUGCCAGAGUGAGAAUUGAGCUCAGCGGGCGGCAAGUCGUGUGUCGAGUCGUGCGCGAGGGAAGUGUGGAGGGAGGACCUACACGCUGACACUUCCCACCUGACAACAUUGCAUCCACCUGGCCCUUCACCCACACAAACCUGACACGCUACACUUCACUACACCUUGAUACACCCCCCCGUCCUCCCUCCACCCGUUCUUCAGAGGUGUGGAGGGAGGAACUACACCGACACUUUUUACAUGACUUAAAUAUACCCGCAUUACAUUCAACUGUUCCCCUUCCCUGACAGAUACACUUCACUACACCUUGCUACACCCACUCGUCCUCUCUCCACCCUGCUCUUAAGAGGUGUGGAGGGAGAAAUCAACCUUAUUUCAACACCUGUCCUGACCCCAAUGUACCUGAGUUCUAUUCACAUGUCCCUUUAUCCACACUCCACUUUGACACACUUAUCCACAUGUUUUUUGACCCACACACUCUUAUCCUUGUCACUUCAGUACACCUUGAUUACCCUGAUACACCUGGAAAUACCUGUACUACAUUCCACACGUCUCUAUACUUCUCUGACCCACAUUUUCUUUCUUGUUAUUCCUUUUUCUUUGACAUCGUAAUCUGACCCUUUCCACUUUCAAUCCCACGCCAUCGUCCUAUUCCGUCUUUCAGUCCCUCACUUUUAUUUAUCUUUUCUAUUCUGCUCCUCAUUUUUUCACACCAUUUUUUCACUUACAUCUCCUCGUUAUUGCACUUCCAUUUUCAUCAUCCUGUUCAUUCUGUUCUACUAUUCUUCACUCCAUUCCACUUCUUCACUUUUACACUUAUUUUCUAUUUCUAUCCCCCUAUUCGCUUUAUCCUCCAUCCUUCACUCCUUUUUCACUUUUUUUUUUCUUUUACUUACCCUAUUCCCUCUAUCUCCCAUUCUUCAUUCCUCCAUUUUAUCCUUCUUUUCUCCCCUCCACUUUAUCACUUUACUUUUCCACUCCCUUUUCCAUCAUCCUGUUCGCUCUUUCUCCCAUUCCUCACUCCUCCAUUUUAUACUUCCUUUCUGGCCUCCACUUUAUCACUCCACCUUUCCACUAGUCACUCCUCCACCCUCCUCGACCUGCCUAUUGUCCUCUCCCUCACCUGGGCUCCCUACCUGUCCUCCAUUGUCCCCUUCACGUCCCAUCUGUCCUCUGUAGCACACCUGAGUCUCGCCAACCAUGCCCUUCACCUGGUUUUCCCUUUCUACCUCCCUGUUAUUUCGUGUUUCAUCCAAUAGUCUUUCUUUAGUAUCUUUAUUUUGCUGUUUUGUGUGGUUAAAAAUUUUAUGUGUUAAUUUGUUUCAUUGGUGUUUUUUUGGUUGGUAUUUAUUUCAUUCCUCUUUGGUCAGAUUAUUAUUUUAACUACUUUUUAUCAAUUCAUGUUUUCGUCUUAUUCUUUUUUAUUUCGGUUGAUAUUUUUGGUGGUUUUCGUUCUUUCGGCGUCAUCCAAAUCUCAGUUAUUUAAUCAGUCAGUCAGUCAGUCGAUUCAGUAUUUAAUCAGUCAGCCAGUCAGUCGAUUCAGUAUUUAAUCAGUCAGUCAGUCAGUCGAUUCAGUGUUUAAUCAGUCAGCCAGUCAGUCGAUUCAGUGUUUAAUCAGUCAGCCAGUCAGUCGAUUCAAUAUUUAAUCAGUCAACCAGUCAGUCGAUUCAGUGUUUAAUCAGUCAACCAGUCAGUCGAUUCAGUGUUUAAUCAGUCAGCCAGUCAGUCGAUUCAGUGUGUAAUCAGUCAGCCAGUCAGUCGAUUCAAUAUUUAAUCAGUCAGGCAGUCAGUCGAUUCAAUAUUUAAUCAGUCAACCAGUCAGUCGAUUCAGUGUUUAAUCAGUCAGCCAGUCAGUCGAUUCAAUAUUUAAUCAGUCAGCCAGUCAGUCGAUUCAAUAUUUAAUCAGUCAGCCAGUCAGUCUAUUGAAUAUUCUUCUCUUUCAGUGUCUCAUCCAAUAUUCCCUCCUCUAGUGUUUCGUCCAGGAAUCCUCGAGUUUUAUCCAGUAUUCUCUUCAUGUCUUAUUAAGGUGCCAUUCCCCAAGGUUCCAUUCAGCAUUCUUUCUUUGUGGCGUUUCAGUUUGUGUUCUCUUUCGACUCCAAGGUCUUAUUCAGCGUUAUUUCCCUCCAGAGUUUCAUUCAGUUUUCUCCUUCGCUCGUGUUUCAUCCAAUAUCUCUCCAAGCCUCAACAAUCCUUCCCCCUCACUUUGUUCUCCUUGUUAUCUUGUUCCUCGUUUUAUUAAUUUGCUCUUCUACUCUCCAACGUUUUAUCCAAUAUCCUUCUUUCUGGGGGUUCAAUAAUUGUUUUUCUCUUUUAUAUUCUUCGGUCAAGGAUAACAAAGACGUAUAUAAAUUGUCUGAUCCGGUCUGUUCACUUGAGUAUUUUUCUUUAUUUAUCUGAUUUCGUGUUAUUGCUCGUUAUUUCUCAUUUUCUUCUUCUCUUCAUAUACUUUUUCGUUUUCUUUUCUGUCUUCUAUUCGUUUAGUUUACCUUUUUUUUCGCGGCUUUUCUUCAUUUAAUUAUCCGUUUUCUUUAUCUUCUCUUCAUUUAGUUUCCCGUUUUCUUUCUUUACGUCUUUUCUUUAUAUAGUUUUCUGUUUUCCUUUUCUUCUUUUCCUCUAGUUUCUCUCUCUCUCUCUCUCUCUCUCUCUCUCUCUCUCUCUCUCUCUCUCUCUCUCUCUCUCUCUCUCUCUCUCUCUCUCUCUCUCUCUCUCUCUCUCUCUCUCUCUCUCUCUCUCUCUCUCUCUCUCUCUCGUUCGGUCACGCAACGCACAAUUCUUUUAUCUCUUCGUCAACUAUUGAGUCAUCGUCUUUUAUUUAUCUCCCUUGUUUCAGAUAUCCCCUUUAAAUCGUCUUUUUUCCCUCCAAUCUUACUAAACUUUUGCUCUUUCUCCCUCCCGUCCCUUCAAGUCACCUUUUUCUCCCCCUCAUUCUUCCCUUGUUCCAUUUCUUUCCUCCUUACUGUCUAUCCUCCUUCUUUCCUCCAUUUAUCAAGUCUUCGCUAUAGGAGCACAACACUUUGUCUUUCCUGCUUUCCUUAUACCAUCCUUUCCCUCUCGCUCCUGUCCUCUCUUCCUCUUUAUUUCUAUUUUCCUUCUCUUCAUACUGGCUCAUUCCUCCUUAUACCAUCCUCUUCUUCUCCCUCCUCUCCUCUCUUCCUCUUUCUUUCUAUUUUCCUCCUCUUCAUACUGGCUCAUUCCUCCUUAUACCAUCCUCUUCUUCUCCCUCCUCUCCUCUCUUCCUCUUUCUUUCUAUUUUCCUUAUCUUCAUACUGGCACAUUCCUACUUUAAUCAUGCGGUAUCUGUCUUCAAAUCGUCUGCCCCUUCCUCUCGCCUUCCCUCCCUUCCUCCUUUCGUCUAUCACUUCUCCUCUCAUCCCUCACUUGCGUUCUCUUACUGUUUUUAUUCCACGUUUCUGUUUGAUCAUGCCCUCCUCUACCUCCUUCCUUCCCUCCCUCCCUCCGUCCACUCUCCCUAAACCCUACCUCCUACCCCUCCCUCCACACCCGCCUCACACCUGUGCUGGGUCAGGUAACGCAAGCCUGCAGGUGUAUAAUGUCUAGUCACUUAUAAACGUGUAAUAUUGGAGUUAGUGUUGGAGAGGAUUAAGUCCUUGUGUAUUUUUCUAUACAAAAUAAACGUUAAAACUGCUCA